AAAUAUUCAAGUGCUUUAAUCUAACGCCAUAAUUUGGUAUCGGUCAAAAUUAGCACAGAGUUAUUUCCCUUUCCUUCCUGAUCCAACAUGGCUGCCUCAAGCACAUAUGGAGCGUUUUCCAAGAGAAGAAAGGGAGAAAGGACGAUGGAUGUGAAUGAGGCCCUAGCUAUACUGAUGGACGACGUUCAAGAUUUUGAGAGCGCCGAUGUUUACAUCGAGCCACCUGAUGUCCACGAAGAAACUGAUGUCGACAGCGGUGAUGAAAAUGCAGAUGGAAUGUCCGCUUCUGUUAACAAUCUCUGUGGUAAUCAGUUGUCAUCUGGCUGCUCUGUCACUUUGAGAACACGCACUGGUCGGCAAACCUUCGGACAGGACUCUGCCAGUUCGGAUUAUGACAGCACACCUUCUGAUACCGAUUCUGAGGAUGGUGCUCCAAUCACCAGAAAAAGGAACGCACCAAAACGUACUAAACGUGUCUGGGGUCACAUGGAGUUUGACACCGAAGUUAAUAAUGAGUUUGAUAAAUCAGAUGCCACAAUACGUGAACUUGACCUCUCGCCAGCUCAAAUGUUUGAGCUUUUCUUUGACGAAGAAGUAACUGCAUUUAUUGUGGACAUGACAAAUCUGUAUGCUCGACAAAAAGGUAGGCUGGGUUUCAAAAUGACUGCAUCAGAGUUGAAACUUUGCAUUGCUGUAUUCCUCAUUUCUGGCUACAAUCCGCUUCCAAGGAAGCGAAUGUACUGGGAAAACGCAGAAGACGUAAGGAACGAAGCCAUUGCGUCAUCAUUUCCGUACGAGAGGUUUGAAGAAUUGCUUAGACACCUCCACUUUGCCGAUAACACCAAACUGAAUCGUGAUGACAAAAUGUCAAAGCUACGUCCCCUCAUCGCCAUGUUGAACGAAAGGUUUCUCCAAUUUUGGCCUUGCACUCAAAGUAUCAACGUUGAUGGAUUAAUGGUACCUUAUUAUGGGAGGCGCUCCGCCAAGCAGUUCAUACAGAACAAACCCAUUCGCUACGGUUACAAGAUUUGGUGCCUAAACUCUCCAAGCGGAUAUCUGAUUCAGUACGAACCUUACCAAGGCGCGGGAACUGUGAAGUCGUUUCCAGAGCUAGGUACGGCCGGGUCGGUUGUUAUAGACCUUUUGUCUGAACUUCCUGCAAAGCGUUUUAAUGUCUUCUUUGACAAUCAGUUUACUUCGAUACCUCUUCUGGAGGAGCUGAAACAGAAGGGUAUGCAUGGAACUGGAACGCUGCGCCAGAACAGAACCCAGAAAUGCCCGCUUAAUGAAGUGAAUAAAAUGAAGAAACAGGAGCGUGGGUCUGUAGACUAUCGCCUAGAUACAUCUUCCGGGGUACUGGUCUGCCGCUGGAAUGACAACAGCGUUGUAACUGUAGCUUCCACAGUAUUUGGCGUAACCCCAACUGGCUCCGUCAAGCGAUGGUCAAGGAAAGAUAACAGAGAGAUCCAGAUACCAAUCCCACAGAUGAUUUUGGCUUACAACCAAAAUAUGGGCGGAACAGACCGUAUGGAUGAAAAUAUUGGUUAUUACCGUCCUUCAGUUCGGAUCAACAAAUGGUGGUGGCCUUUGUUUAUCGCGCAGUUAUCUUUCUCCGUUCACAAUGCAUGGCAGCUCUACAAAAUAAGUGCCGCAGCUACUCGACGUCGCCUGGACCAGCUCGGUUUCAUCAGAGACGUCGCUAUGACUUUUAUCCUCGGACACCGACAAAGAGGUCUACUGAUCAGCCCCGGCCGUCUUCGACCCGUUGAAUCGAGGGUGCCUGACGACGUGCGAUUUGAUGGACCAGGCCAUCACCUGAUCUCUGGUCUGACACAGAGGCGCUGUCGUCAGUGCGGAAAGAAAACUGUAAAACUGUGCAUGAAAUGUCCAGAUUGCCCGCUACAUCAGCACUGUUCCGUCCUCUUCCACACCAAGUAGACUUCACUUAAUGUUUGAUAUUCUUCUUUACUGAUGAUCGUACUGGCUUACGGCUAUGCUAGCCUGAGAACGCCCGAUCUCAUCAGAUCUUGGGAAGGCCCUGGUUAGUACUUGGACGGGAGACCGCCUGGGUAUACCAGGUGCUGUAAGCUUCUCUCCCCAGCUAAAUGCAGACGGGUUGCGUCAGGAAGGGGAUCCGGCGUAAAACUGUGCCAAACAAAUAUGCGUUCAUCGAAGAUGACAGGCUUUGGCGAUCCCUAACGGGACAAGCCGAGAGGAAAAGACUGAUAAUCGUACUGAAACCCGUUUCUGUUAGCCGUUUAGAUCAAGCUUCUCUUAACAGCGGUUACCUAGGUCGGAGCGAGAUAGGACACAAUAAAGUUUGGAACGUCGAAAAACUGAUGUUUUUAGUUUACUUAUUUACAGUACAUAACUGGAAUAAACUAGUUGCGUUACAGCUAUACCAUUUUUUCCCCUUGAAAAAUAUAUCCUUUAAUGAGCAAGGUCCUAUUUUUGGGACAAUCUAAGAAAACCCAAGUACCCU